AUGGAUCGAUUUUGGGCAGCACCGCCUGUCAGCAGGACGAUUGUCGCUGCUAUGGCCAUUCAAUCGCUCUUGGUUUACGGCGGCGUACUAAGUGCUGACUGGAUCUGGUUCGAUCCGAGAAGAAUGACCUCUCUCGAUUUCAUUUUCGACCUCUAUUUCACCUGGACCUACGGCACCGGCCUAGAGCUGAACUCUCCGCGUUUCAGCCAGCCUGGUAGCUUCUUCGUCUACGUUGUCUUUGUGUGCACCAUCAUUGCGGCACUGGCCAGCACCUUUGUCGGCGCCGGGUUCUUCACAGCAGGAUUGAUGAUGGCCUUCAUCUACACCUUCGCCCAAGACAAUCGUGGCAAAAAAGCACACAUCGUCAUCGUACAAAUACCAGUCGAAUACCUCCCAUGGGCAUCUCUGGCUGUAACGUUGGUCGUUGACGGUCCCUACCGCAUGAUGAUCCAGGUCACGGGCAUCCUCGCGGCCCACCUUUACGACUUUCUGACGAGGCUGUACCCGACUUUCCAGGGUGGGCGGAACUACAUACAGACUCCAGUGUUUGUCAAGCGAUGGUUUGGGGCGGAGAGCAGCGCAUUCUCGCAUAAGAAGUAUGGGACUGCGUUCAGGCCGGGACAAAAUUUGCAGACGCCGGCUGCUAGUGGAGCUAGUCGAGGGUGGACGAGCGGGUUUUCUGGUUCGAGCUGGACGGGACGUGGUCAGGGGAGGCGGUUGGGGAGUGAUUGA